AAGAAUUAGUAAUUACACUUUUUAAUUUCGAUUAUCAUUUCUUUCAAGAUUUUACAUAUUCGAUUCUCAAGUAGCACCUUUCAUCUUCCUCCAAUCUAACCUUGUAAAAAAAAAAGUUUGGAAGAAGUUUUGAAUUUCGUCCUCAGUAUUAGGGGUAUUAAUCUUGAAGCAAUUAAAUCAAUUUGGUAUAUCCUAACCCUAACUUAGGGUUCUUUUAUACGUAAUGGCAGAAAGUUCAAUGGAUUUGGAAGUUCAGGGUCAGCCGAACAGGAUAGGACCAGAUAUAAUUGGCUUUUGCAAAUCAGAAAUACUAGAAUUGCUUACCCUUGAUGAGAGUUCUCUGCCUUUGUCUUUUAGCACACCACUAGUAUCAUCAGAUACACCAGAAAAUGUAAAAGAAACAGUUGAGGUUUCUCAUGUUUCUACUAUCUUUAGCAACAGUUUGGAUGAUAGUAUCUCUAAUAUCAAAAGAGUAUUGUUGAAGACUUCAUUGAGGAAUGGUGUUAAAGCUAUAACUCAUGAGGUUGAUGAGAUGCUUGAUCCUAUUAUUCGUCUUUGCCAUUUAAGGUCCUGCUUAGAUUCCAAAAGAAAUAUGAACACUGGUGGAAAAGCUCCCAUAGCUGAGGAUUCUGUUACUCAGCAUCGUAAGAAGCUCAAGAUGUCAUCUUCAGAUGGCGACAGAGGAGUUUUAGUUGAUCAAAUUGGAAAUGAUGAUAAAGAAACUAAUGUCAGUGUAGAUUUGAAGGUAUUGUUAGAGAGCGAAGAUGAUCUGGUUGAAGAUAUUAUGACAAAACAUUCUGAUGAGCUACAUGUAACGUUAAAUAACAUGGAGAAGCAGCUUGAAGAGUUAUUGUUUGCAGUAGUUUCUAAGUGUAGGCCUAUGACUUGCGAAGAGAAGCAUCAUCUUCGGAAGCUCAUUCAGAAACUUCCAGCUCGGAAUCUUGGUCGGAUUGUGGAAAUCAUCCACCAUGGCAAGUCUAAGUCGUCAUCAGAUACUGUUUCUUUAGACAAGAUAUAUGUUGAUCUUGAAGAACAGGAUAACACAACUCUUUGGAGACUCUAUUUUUAUGUCAAAGCUGUUGAAAGUGCGCGGAAAUUGUCAUCGUAUCUCUCAUCCACAGAAUGAUUCAGGAUAACACAACUCGUUGGAGACUAUUAUUACAUCAAAGUUGUUGAAAAUACGCGGGAAUUGUCAUCGUAAUUCCCAUCCACAGAAUGAGUCGCACCACAACUAUUUGGAAACUUUUUAUGUCAAAGCUGUUGAAUGUGCACGAAAAAUUGUCGUCAUAACUCAUCCGCAGAAUGGAUUGCGUAUUCGAAGAAGAGUUCAGUGGUCAUCGACAAAUAUCCUACUUUGUACAUGGUUGUCUUGUAAUUAGCUUUUAACUUAUGGAAUUAACAUCUACAAUCUACAUAGUUCACGGUGAUUCGGUGACAA